AUGGGACUGUUGCAUCCAUUCUCACGCCUUCAAAUUGGGCUUCCCCAUCAAACUACCUUCAAAUAUUUUCACCAGCAUCCGAUGGAUCCUGUGGAUUUCGUAUUCAAGGCAGUCUUAUCUGCAUCCCCUUCUCUUACUCCAAACUACGUACUCAUGGUUAUUCACGGAGCUGCCAAACACCUCGGUUUUUGGAGACCCGGCGGAGAGAAUUCUUGGACUGUCAUAGAAACCCGUGAUUUCCUGUACGAGGAUGUUAUUUAUUACAAGGGCCAAUUUUAUGCAUUAAGUAAUCAAGGCUCCAUUUUUGUUUGGGACGUUGGGGGUCCUAAUCCAACGGUGGCGCGAAGAGUUGGAGGAAUAAAAAGUGAAUUGCUUUGGUAUAUGCAGCCCUACCUGGUUGAAUCGGGUGCAGAAUUAUUGGUGGUUGCGCGAUAUGUAAUACAUCCAGGUGACGACACAGACCCAACUUAUGAGACCACUUCCUUUAAAGUGUAUGAGGUUGAUUUGAGCAAGGAGGCGAGAUGGAAAGAGAUUAACAAUUUGGGGGGAAGAGCACUCUUCUUGGGUCACAGUGCUUCCAUCUCUGUUGAUGCCUCUAGGUUUUUCCCAGCAAUCAAGCCCAAUUGUAUAUAUUAUACUGACGAUUAUAUGGACAUGUACACAUACCAAGUUGACAACAACCCAGGAGGUGGGAAGGACAUGGGUGUUUACAACUUGGAAGAUGGAGGCAAGGAACCACUCAACUACAAAGGAGAAUCCCUUAGUUAUACUUGUCCUCCAGCUUGGGUCUUGCCUUCUUUCUGA